GCGUAGACCCUCUCUGGUUUCUGGGUAUCGUUGUUUCUUCGUGAGAGCAGCUUCUUCGUCUUCUUCGUUUCGGAAGAACAAGGGUUUGGGAUUUGGGAAGGUGAGAGAUUCACGUUCUGUUCUUGUUGAUUGGAUCUCUCAUUCCUAAUCUUCCCUCACCCUCACCGCUCUCAGAUCUGAAAGCGCUACCUCGAAUUCAUGGCUUCCAAGCGCAUCCUCAAGGAGUUGAAGGACUUGCAGAAAGACCCGCCUACUUCUUGCAGCGCCGGUCCAGUUGCUGAGGACAUGUUCCACUGGCAAGCGACAAUUAUGGGUCCUGCUGACAGUCCAUAUGCUGGAGGUGUAUUUCUUGUUACUAUUCAUUUCCCUCCUGAUUAUCCUUUCAAGCCCCCUAAGGUUGCAUUUAGGACUAAGGUCUUUCACCCGAACAUCAAUAGCAACGGUAGCAUUUGUCUUGAUAUCCUGAAGGAACAGUGGAGUCCUGCGCUUACCAUCUCAAAGGUACUGCUUUCGAUCUGCUCACUGCUGACUGAUCCAAACCCUGAUGACCCGCUUGUGCCAGAGAUUGCUCACAUGUACAAAACCGACCGGGCCAAGUACGAGGCCACUGCUCGCAGCUGGACCCAGAAAUAUGCCAUGGGCUGAUGAUAUGUUUAGACCAUGUAAAUUGAAUGGCAUUUAUUAUGACUGUUUUGGGUUUGCUUUUGUCUCUUCCUGUUAUCUGGGGUAAAGAUUCUGUUUCUGUUAUGGGGGAAAGGGGAGAAGGUGGUGUUGGAAUUUCAUAAAAAAAAAUGACUGUUCAACCACGUUGAUGGGUUAUCAUGAUGCAAAGCAGCGAACAUAAUGUUAUUUGUAUCAUGGCUGUGGUGUACCUUUCUCUUUGAAGCAAUGUAGAAAUAGUGAUGUCA